AUACGGAUAUUUAUCCUCAAGAAUCAGAGUCAGAAUCAAGUGAAGAUACUACUACAGACGAGGAAUCUGAAGAUAUUGUGCAGAUUCCUGAGGAACUUCAUGAAUGGGUUAAAAACCGUAAAUCAAUGUUGCCUCGAUAUCAUGGUGGUAUUGGUCACAUACCUGGAAACAUUUUAUCCGUUGAAACAAUUGAUAAAGCAAAAUCUUUUAUUAAACGGAUGGGAGAACAACAUGGUGAGUCAAUAGCCGUACGAAAGUAUACACAAAAAAAAACAAGUGAACAAAUAACCGUAACUUAUGAAAAGGAUGAUAUAACUCUUCUUCCUUCUCACUAUUUGUAUAGUCGUCUUCAUAUUGCUUAUAACUUAAUGCAUCCAAAUAAAUACAUUAAAAAAUUACCUCAUGACCCUCAGCAAUCUGAAAAAUGGUAUUAUUUAUCAUUAUUAAAAAUAUAUCAGUUUGGUUUCGUUGAUGAAGGAAUUGACAAGCAUUGGCAUGCAAUUUAUACUGAAGUUGAUUGUGGAUUCGGUUCUACUAAAAAAGAAUACUCUAGAUUAGAAAUUUGGUAUAUUGAUCAAUUAGCUGAAGUAAUCGAAAGAAGUUCACCUAAUAACAUUUCCGCCAAAGUAAGGGCUACAGAUCCUUGGGACGAAUUCAAAUUGAUUAAGCAAUAUGUUGAUAUAAAUCAACUAAAUCCUCGGAUACUUCCACAAAAAGGUCUUUUAGCAGAAAAACAAGUAGACUUGUGGAAAAAUAUUGGCCCAUACUGCCCAAUUGCAUUUCGCAAUAAACUUUGUUCAAAACUACCAGAUAGUGUAAUAGAGAGGGUUGAACAUUUGAAAGGGGCCC